GUCGUUCCGCGCCUCCGCGUGAAGCUUCGUCUUCGCUCGAUACGCGCCCGCGUCGCGCAGCGCGCGUCGCGUCGUCUUCGAUACCCGAGCCUCGCGCCCCGAGCCGAGGCCUCGAGCGAUUUAUCCGCGCGAGGAGAACAACGACCGUAAUCAUCGUCCGCCCCGGCGCGUGACAUCGUCGUCGUCGCACCUCGUCCACGAUGUCCUCCGCCGUCGCGUCCGCGUUCGCGACCGGCGUCGCCGCCCCCCGCGCGCUCGCGAAGAACAAGGCCGCCGGCGCCGCGACGACGAAACGUCGCCCGUCGCGGCGCGGGCGCGUCGCCGCGCGCGCGGCGGUCGCCGAACCCGCCGACGCGAACGCGAGAGAGGAGGACACCGCGAAGACCGCGGUCGCGACGCUCGCGUUCAAGGAGAUCCAAAAAGACGUCAUCGCCCCGGGCGUGGAGUCCGUGCGAUGCGUCUGCCGCGAUCGCCUCAAGUUCGAGGUCGAGUACGGCAUGGCGCGAGGCAGCACGGACAACAGCUACGUCGUGACGGGCGGAGACAAGAUCGCGCUCGUGGACCUCCCGGAUAAAUCCUACGCCGACGCCUUCAGCAAAGCCGUGGACUGCGGCUCCAUCGAUUACGUCGUCCUCGGGCACCUCUCCCCGAAGCGCGUGGACGCGCUCGCGGCGCUGCUCGACGCGCGACCGGCGUCGUCCCCCGCCGUGGAGGUGUGGUGCUCGAACCCGGCCGCGCAGGUCAUCUACGCCGCGCUUAAACCCGGGACGCCCGCGUCCUCGGACGCGCUCGCGGCGGCGUGGAAGCGCGGCGGCUUACGCGCGCGGCUUCGCACGAUCAAGUCCGGGGACGGUCUGGACCUCGGCGGAAACCGCGUCUUGUCGUUCACGACGACGCCGACGCCGCGGUGGCCGGACGGCGUCGUGACGUUCGACGAGACGAGCGGGCUGUUGUUCACGUCGAAGUUGUUCAGCGCGCACGUCGCGACGGAGGAGGGCGCGCCGUCGGACGCCGGCGUCGGGUUCGAGACGUACGAGACGGACUGGCGGUACUUCUUCGACUGCAUGCUCGCGCCGAUGGCGAAGCCCACGAACGCGGCGCUGGAUAAGAUCCAGACGUACAUCGGGAGAGGCGCCGCGGCGGCGGCGGAGGAGGAGGAGGGGAUAGAGGAGAAGAAGGAGGAAGAGGCGCCGCCGCCGCCGAAAUCUGUCGCGCCGAAACUCGCCAAGCUCCUCAACCGCGUCGCGGAUAACUUCGGCGGGAGCGGUAACGUCCGCAGGACGGCAGUUUCGAAAGACGCGCCCAUGGCUGCCGCCGCGAUCUGCCCGCUCCACGGCCCCGUGAUCAAGUCCGGGAAGAACGAGCUCGUGCGCGAGUACCUCCAGUGGCUCGAGACGCAAGCCAAACGCGCGGAUCAGUUUGCCGUCGCCGUCAUCUACGCCAGCGCGUACGGAAACACGUCCGCGAUGGCGCAAGCGAUCGCGCGCGGCAUCACGAAAGCGGACGUCGCCGUGGAGAUGCUCAACUGUGAGCUCUCAACGUCGCAGGAAGUCGCGGAGGUGAUGGCGCGGACGGAGGGGUUCUGUCUCGGCGCGCCGACCCUCGGCGGCCACAUGCCGACGCCGGUGAGCAACGCGCUCGGGACCAUCGUCAAGGAGGCGUCGCGGGAGUACCCCGCCGGCGUGUUCGGGUCGUUCGGGUGGUCCGGCGAGGCCGUGGACCUCAUGGAAUCUCGACUCACGGACGGCGGGUUCAAGUUCGCGUUCGAGCCGAUCCGCUGCAAGUUCAAGCCGACGCAAGAGAUGCUUCAGGUGUGCGAGGAGUCCGGCACGGAUCUCGCGCAGGCGGUGAAGAAGCUGCGAAAGAAGAAAGCCGCGGCGGAGCAGAAAGAUCUCGCCGCGGGCAGCACCGCCGCCACCGCGGGCGCGUCCGACACCGCGGCCGCGGUCGGACGAAUCGUCGGCUCGCUGUGCUGCGUCACCGCGAAGAAGGAAGAGACCCAGAGCGCGAUGCUCGCGUCGUGGGUGAGCCAGGCGUCGUUUAAUCCGCCCGCGCUCACCGUCGCGGUGGCCAAGGAACGUGCGGUGGAGAGCUUCCUGUUGAAAGGCAGCGCGUUCAACCUGAACGUGCUUCAGGCUGGGAACGAGAAGGACGUCAUCAAGGCGCUGUUGAAACCGUUCGCGCCGGGGGAGAACCGGUUCGGGGACAUGGACGUGGAGAUCUCCGAGGCGAACGGCUGCGCCGUCGUCACCGAGGCGCUCAGCGUCCUCGAGUGCGAGGUCACCGACAGGAUGGAAGCGGGCGACCACUGGAUCGUCCUCGCCAAGGUGAACGAAGGGAAGCUGCUGAAAGAGGAAGGGCUCACCGCGAUUCAUCACAGGAAGGUCGGGACGUCGUACUGA